AUGGAACUGCCGAAUCCCGCCCCGAAAACCUGCGAACAGGAAAAAUUGAAAGCCAUGGUGGACAGUGUGAUCGAAUUCAUCACCGCUUCGCGCAACAUGCUCUGUGCCCUCAACCAGCGGCUUAAAGACAGCGCAAGAGCCAAGGAAGACCCGGAAAACAUUCCUAAAUGUAAUCUGACCGGCCGUGAAAGCCUUCACAGUCUGAUAAAACAUCAACCUUUCCCAACCGAUCGAUUCCAGGUUCAUUUGCGCGAUGUCAGUGUGGAAGAGGGCGCCAUCUUAGCCAGAAGUCUGGAAUGCGGAUUCACAGAAGUGGCGGCUUCCGAGCAAAUCGCUCCCGUCGCUGUGGUGUUUCAGGAAUUAUGCCGGGCAGUGCUGGCAUCCAGGCGGAAAUCCAAACAUUCCCUGCUGGAGCGGAUGCUGGGCAGCAGAACGUCGAAUUUGCGCCUCUACGUUCGCGGGAAAAGCGACAGCGCAUUGCCAAAAGACUGACGGCUUUACCUAGAUAAAUGCACAUUUAUAGAUUUAUGUAGAUAAAGCUGAUGUUUCGCCUGCUUUGCUCGGGGCAUCUUCAAGGGAGCCCGUUGUAAAUGCGGGCGCGAACUCUCACUGUACGCCACCCAACUGUAAAUAGUUUAUUGUAAAUGGAAGUGUUAAAAUAAAUGCGUGUUGCCAGUUAAA